CUCUCUCCGCGCCGCUCCGCUCCGCGCCCCCCAUGAGCCGCCCCGCUCCGCCGCCGCCCCGCCGCGCCGCCGCGCUCCUCCUGCCGGCAGCCCGCUGCCGCAGCGCCCCGGCCAAGCGGCUCCCGCCGCUGCACGACGGUCCCGCCGAGGAGGCUCCGGCCGCCAAGUGCCCGCGCCUGGCCGAAUGCCCCGGCGGAACCCCGGACUGCCUGAGCGCCCCCGGCUCGCCCUGCGCGCCCGCCUCGCCCGCGGCCGGCGGAGGGGCGGCGGGGAAUGUGGGCACGGCGGGGCCCAGCCUGAUCGCCUCCUAUCUGCUGCUGCCGCUGGCCGAGCGCGAGCAGGUGUCCCGAGCGCUGAGCGUCAGCUCCGGCAGGGAGCUCCGCUGCAAGGUGUUCCCACUCAAACACUACCAGGACAAGAUCCGGCCCUACGUCCAGCUGCCCUCGCACCGCAACAUCACCGGUGUGGUGGAGGUGAUCCUCGGCGACACCAAGGCCUACGUCUUCUUCGAGAAGGACUUUGGGGACAUGCACUCCUACGUGCGGAGCUGUAAGAGGCUGAGGGAGGAGGAGGCCGCCCGGCUUUUCCGACAGAUCGUGGCGGCCGUCGCUCACUGCCACCAGUCGGCCAUCGUGCUUGGAGACCUCAAGCUCAGGAAAUUUGUCUUCUCCAACGAAGAGAGGACGCAGCUGAGGCUGGAGAGCCUGGAGGACACGCACAUCAUCAAGGGCGAGGACGACGCGCUGUCGGAUAAACAUGGCUGUCCCGCCUACGUCAGCCCUGAGAUCCUCAACACAACGGGGACGUACUCGGGGAAGUCGGCUGACGUGUGGAGCUUGGGAGUGAUGCUCUACACCCUGCUCGUGGGACGCUAUCCCUUCCACGACUCGGACCCUAGCACCCUGUUUUCCAAAAUCCGCCGCGGACAGUUCUGUAUUCCUGACCACGUCUCCCCCAAAGCCCGAUGCCUCAUCCGCAGCCUCCUGCGGCGGGAGCCCUCCGAAAGACUCACAGCCCCGGAGAUCCUGCUCCAUCCCUGGUUCGAGGCGGUCCUGGAGCCAGGAUAUACAGACCAGGAGACAGGGACUUCCGACCAAAUCGUUCCAGAAUACCAUGGAGACAAUGACGAUAUCAGUUCCUUCUUCUGCUAACCCUGAAAUCUCAUGAACCUCGCCGUUCUCACCUCUGGCAUCUCCUUAGGGUUUCAUUAUUUUAUUUUUAUUUUUCCACGUUACAGACUCAAAGCAUCUUAAAGUGCCAGUAUGGUCAGAAAAGUGACCUUGUUUCAGAUAAACAUCGACCCACAGAUCUCUGCUGUGAGCGCACACAGAAGCUCAAUGCUCGCCCUGCUGGCAGCUCGGUCCUGCUGCCUGGAGGAACCACAUGGCUCUGCUCCUGCCUCCCGUGCCCUCUGCCCUUUCCCACUGCAUUUUGGCUGCAGAGUCUUGUUGCUGGUGAUGUGGAGAGAGGCAGAGCCAGCCCUCGGCUUCCUCCUUUGCCCCAGGUUGUAUGGACAGUGAUUUGCAGCGGGUGAGGGGCGCAGGACAUAUCUCUAACUGAGCAAAUCUGACAAAUUAGGUUUUUUUGUUUUUUUUUUUUUUUCUUUGUUUGUUUUUAAAGUUGGGGGAGUUGACUUGGUGUCUUGCAAAGCAGUUUUCUGACUGUAAGUGCACUUUAGUGAGGGAAGGAGGUCUUCAUCAGCACUUCAGCUGCCUGCUCGUUGCUCCAGUCAGUUAUAUUUCCAUAGGGAUGAAGCUGUCAGAUCCUCCCGUAAGAGAGAUCCCUGCUGCAAUUGCUGCCAGGAUGCCAGGACCUUUCUGACACAGGGAAAAGGGGGAGUAGCUGAUCUCCAGCUGGAUCCCCUCUGAUGCCAUUUGCUGAAUGCAAAAUUGUUUUAAAUAGCCUUCAGCCUCGAGUUACCGCAGUGUGUCCUGUGCGACUUCAUGCCCUCAGCAGGCUGGUCAGGCAGCGAGUCUCAGCUCCCAGUGCCAAAAUGUAUCUGUUUCCCCAAACGUAACACUAUCAGGAGGGCACCUUGCCUUGGACAGCAAUAAGGGGCAUCUUGUACAGUAUAUGUAAACAUGUUCAUGUCUUCCUACAGGCUCAAUUCUUCUUCCCCCCCUCUCCCCCCUUGCUCCUAGAAAGUCAGUCUUAAGAAUAAAAUCUCCAUACGCCCUUAAGUUGAUUAUUCAGGUAUGUUGUUGGCCUGUGGCUAUGUUUUGUUGUUUUUUGUUUUUUUUUUUCUCCCCCCCCCCUUAAAUUUUGUUCUUUUGUUUUGCAUGAUUAUUCAUAGUCUUUCCAAUGUGCGUGGAUAACAAAUAGACCUAAAUGAUUAGCUUCCCAGGUUGGGGGUAAGUAAAGCUUAGCCCUGCCUCAGAUUCCUCUGUUCCACACCUUGUGCCCAGUGGCUCACACAGAGAUGGCUGUUUGUGGUAGAGAGAGCGCAGUGCCCAGUGGAUGUGAGGUGGGCGAUGGGGUCAUCCCUGGGGUGGUCCGGCGUUGAGCUGCCGGCACACUGCAGGAAUACCAUGUAUACCUCAUGGACUGUGUACUUUGUACAUACCUUACGUGUGGGGGGUUGUUUUGUUGUUGUUGGGCUUUUUUAUGUUUCGUUCCAUUGUACUUUGUUUGUCCUAAUAAGAGGUGUCAAAGAGCAAUUUAAUGUGAAUUAUUGUUGGCAAUACUAACUUGACAGAAUCAUGAGCAUUAAGAGCAGGGCACUACAGCUCUCCGUUGCACUAAACCUCUCAUGAUUGCUUGACAUUUGUAUCUGUGAUACAGUUUAACCCUUCUAUGAAAAAGAACGGUGAAUUUGUAUAUAUUGGUGGAAAAAUCUGCUAGAAAAGCUGAAAACACUAUGUCCAACUUGUAAAUAUGUAGAUAUCUGUGGAAACCUGGAUGAUAAAGUCUGACUUGUAGAAAGUUUUAAUAAACUUGGUUUCA